CGUUCAUCCCUAGCUAGCUACUACUUGGCUAGCUCCAUUAUUCAUCCAUCAUAUCUAUCGAUAGAGCAGAGCAGAGCAGAGCAGAGCGCCAGGCAUGAGUACGUCCAGCUACUCCCGGCAGCUGCCAGUAAUCCUACUUGUACUGCUGGUAGUAGUCAUCCAAUCCCCUUCAACAAGUGCGGCUGCGGCUGAAAAAGCUCAAGGGGAAGGGGAAGGGGGUUGCCUCCACAAGUGCGGCGACAUGGACAUCCCCUUCCCCUUCGGCAUCGGCGCCGGCCCCGGCUGCUUCCGCGAGGGCUUCGAGGUCGUUUGCAACCACUCCUCCGAUCCCCCUCGUGCCUUCUUUGGUGACAAGAGGGCAUUCCAGCGCGACACCUACCUGACCGAUUCCCGGAUCCGCUCCAGUGAUCUGUCGCCGCUGGAGCUGGUGAGCACAUCAGUCGCCAGGGGGGAGGCACGAGCGUACGCUGCGGUGUCGUACCGCUGCAGCACAAACGAGUCCUUAUCCGUGCUUCAGGUGAUGAAUUUACUGGGCACGCCGUUCUCCGUGUCGGCGACCCGUAAUGUUUUCAUCAGCGUCGGCUACCAGCUGGCUGAGCUGAGGUGGGUUGCGCGAAUGGGUCUCACAACCGGUUUCACUUGCACCACGCAAGAUGAGCAGCUGUCGUCCAUGCCGCACGCAAGGAACGGGUCGUGCACGGGGUGGGGCUGCUGCGAGCGCACCAUCCCGCCCGAAGAGAACCCGGUCAAGAAUUACAUAUUGUCCUUCGACCGCGUGAGCUACAAGCACAACUGGUUGCGGGUACUCUACCCGUGCGGCUACGGCAUGCUGGUGGAGAAGUCAGGGUACAACUUCUCAACGACGGACAUCAUCGGCGACAAGACGCUACUCAAAAGGUUCCCCAGGGGGGUCGCCUUGGUGCUCGAUUUCGCCGCCGGGAACACUUCGUGUCCGGCGCAAGGACAACCGCUGCCUCCGGAUUACGCCUGCGUCAGCGGCAACAGCUCUUGUGCCAACGCAACAGAUACAUAUAGUCCUGCCUACGUCUGCAAGUGCUGGGACGGUUACGAUGGCAACCCAUACAUUGCUAACGGAUGCCAAGACAUUGAUGAAUGCAAGCAGCCCCAAGUGUAUCCCUGCUCAAGUGGCAUCUGCAAAAACAGGCUGGGUGGCUAUGACUGUCCAUGUAAAUUCGGAACGAAAGGCGACGCCAAAGCUGGAACUUGCACAGAUGUAUUCACUCCAGCAGCAAAGGCGACUGUGGGUGCAAUAGGUGGUAUUCUCCUCAUGGUGAUUCUAUCGUUUCUUGUUAUUCUUCGCAAAGAGAAACAGAAGGCGAAAGAAUUCUUCAAAAAGAACGGCGGCCCGACAUUAGAGAAGGCAAAUGUCAUCAAACUUUUCAAAAAGGAGGACCUCAAACCAAUUUUAAAGAGUAGCAACCUGAUCGGAAAAGGUGCCUUUGGUGAAGUUUACAAGGGCCGUCUUGACAAUAAAGAGGUUGCAAUAAAGAAACCGAUCAAUGGUAGUGUGCUCGAGAAUGACCAAUUUGCAAAUGAAGUCAUCAUCCAAUCUCAAGUUAUCCACAAGAACAUUGUUAGGCUCAUCGGUUGUUGCCUUGAAGUUGAUGCCCCCAUGCUGGUCUACGAGUUUAUCACCAAAGGUAGCCUCCAUGACAAUCUUCACGGCAACAAUAACAAGGUGGCUCUCAACUUGGAUGUACGUUUAAGUAUUGCUGCACAGUCAGCGGAUGGUCUAGCUUAUAUGCACUCAAAAGCAAAUAUUAGAAUUCUACACGGCGAUGUCAAGCCAGCAAAUAUACUCUUGGAUGAUAACUUUGUACCCAAGAUUUCAGACUUCGGCAUAUCUAGGUUGAUUGCGAGAGACAAACAACACACUGGAUCAGUCAUCGGAGACAUGAAUUAUAUGGAUCCGGUAUAUCUACAGGAAGGCCUACUCACCGAGAAAAGUGAUGUCUAUAGUUUCGGAGUUGUGAUCCUGGAGCUUAUCAGCAGCAGGAUAGCCAUACGUUCCGAGCAUAAUAGCUUGGUAAAGAGCUUUCUUGAAGCCCAUAAGAAACAGAAGAAGGCCACCGAGUUUUUUGACAAGGAAAUAGCAAUAGCAGAAGAUUUGGAGUUCCUUGACAGUCUUGCGGUUAUGGCCGUGGAAUGCCUUAGGCUGGAUGUAGAUCAAAGACCAACGAUGAUGGAGGUAGCUGAGCGGUUACACAUACUGAGUCGAUCCCGCAAGGUGCAAGAUGUUUGUCAGUAAGCUAUUUUUGCCGAAAUCCUUCAAACAUGAGCGGCAGUGAAGGUCUCCUUGGGUUACGGGAAAAACUGUUACUAUGUUUUUUAAUGUGGCCGAAUGCUUGUACGCUGCAUCUGUAACCGUAUUUCUAAUGUGUUUUCUGUUUUUA